AUGAAAGCGCUUAAAUUAAGAUGGGAUCUAAAGAUACACAAGCUAGUAAUGUCGACUGAAUCGAAUAGGUACAAGCUUGUUAUUGCGAUGGACUUUGGAACAACAUUUUCUGGGUGCCAUGUGCUCAGCUUAAUGGCUGAUCCAGUGUCAAACUGCGAUAUGUCUAUGUGGAGAUUCAAGAACGAACAGACAACCAUGUUCUACAAAAAAAGAUCCAAAAAACUUUUUGCAUUGGGAAAACUAGCUACCAAUGAAUACGAAACAAAUCCAAGUUCUGGAUAUUAUGUGACCAAAGUUAAGUUAUGGCUGGACAGAACCAUCAAAGAAGACCUUCCAUCCUUACCCCACAAAAUGACUCCAGUACAAAAAAGUUAUGAUAAUUUCACAGUUAUCGCUGAUUAUCUAAGGCAGAUGCACAAAAGUGUCUGCCAAGAAAUACGCAUCGAGUAUCCAAACUUUACCGACCUUUCGAUGUACAGAUACUGUAUGGCAGUCCCAACUAUGUGGUCUGAACAAUCCAAACAGAUCAUGAAAGAAGCUGCAGUCUUGGCUGGCAUCAUAAAGAAAAGAGAUGAUUCCGAAAAACUAUUGAUCGUCGACGAGGCUGUAGCUGCUGCCUUACAUGCUGAGUCCAAGUCUUCUGAUAUCGAACUUACUAACGGCAGCAUUUACAUGGUGUGUGAUGCUGGUGGUGGAACUGUGGAUCUUGCCACAUUCGAAAAAGACCAUUCGGUUGGAGAAAAUGGAAUAAAAGAACUCACUAUGGGAACUGGUAGUUCUUGUGGAUCUGCAUUUUUGGAAACUCGAUUUGAAGAUCUAGUAAAAGAACACACCUUAAAAUAUCCCGGCUACAACAAAAUAAUCCUAGCAUUCGUUAUGGAGUACUUUGCUACCUCUUUAAAGAGACGAUUUGGUGACAGAGAUAAAGAGGACACCUACAUGAUAGAUCACAUUAAUAAAGAGUAUAAUAACGGACAUGAGGAUGACAGUGACUAUAAAGAGUUUUCGUUGGAUGAAAUUCGCACAAUAGUGUUUGAUCCAAUAGUUGAUAAAAUACUCGGUAUGAUCGAAAAACAAUUUGAACAACUCGGAGGCAGAAGUCUGGAUGUUAUGUUUAUUACAGGAGGGUUCGGACAGUCACCAUAUCUUCAAAAACGGAUUAAAGAUACUUUUGCGGACCGCGUCAAGCAUUUCGAAAUCCCUGUUCUUAGCUAUAAAGCUGUAAUGGAAGGAGCGGCUUUGUUUGGCGCCAAUCCACGUGUAAUUACUCAACGUAUCUUACGGCGUACAUACGGCAUCAAAAUGUGCUCAGCUACCGAUAAAUCCGAUAAUGACACCGGGACUCCAUCCAAAAGAGACCAGUUCUAUGUGUGUGUACGUAAAGGCUCUCCUGUUAACGAGGAUACCUGGAUAACAAAGAAAAUUGCUUGGAACAAGAAUAUUCUUCCGAUUAUAUCUUUGUAUGCAUACGAUGGUGAUGAGCCAAUUCCAGAGUACCCUACUAUUCAAGAGAUUGAUCUGGUGUCUGUUUUUAAUACCAAAUUUCCACUUGAUCAGAAAAGAGAAACCAGCUAUGAAAUAAUGGCUAUGAAAAUGCGCUUUGGCUUGGACAAGAUCGAAAUCAGAGUGAAUAUCGCAGGCAGAGAAUUUGAAUACGUUACAGUUUGGGAUGUUACUGGAGAAAAGAAAACACAGAACUUUACCGAGCCUAACCCACCAUUUUCGGUCAAACUAAAGAAGUGGUUUUUGAUGGAAGAGAUAGUGAAACAUCUUCCUUGAUUGAAAUUCAUACAAACUUCCAUAAACACAUGUCUUUUACUUUUACUUUUA